GUCUACUUUCCCUUGAUUUCCUUUCUCUCAGAAUUUCGAUGACGACACUGUUGUUGCCGCUGUAUUUGACCCAGCGGUGAUCUCUGUCAAGACCGACAAACUUCAGAGCAACAACGAAAAAAGAGCCAUUGUCUCACACAGAACGAUGAUUGGCGCUGCCCUUCUUGCUGUAUCAUUCGCGUUAACACUUCCAUUUGUUCGCGCAUCCAAUGAUUGGAUGUGGAUAGAAACGCAUCACUACACUGGUGAGCGGAGAGGACUACCCAGCAACGAUUCUUACCUGUCAAGGAGGAGGCUUGAAAAAGAAACAAGCAUCGGCAGGGACAAAACAAUUUCCGAUACUUCCUAUGACUUUCCCUUUCAGAGUGCCGACAUUGGUAGCAGUAGCAGCAGCAGAGACAUUGGUUCCAAACAACACCAACGUCAAGCUUUUCCUUCUGAGACAGAAUCCGGUAGGAGGAAUUUUUUCUUUCCGAUCGACUUUCGACGGCAGAAGGGUCGGCUAAACGUUGGGUUUUCGUUUGGUGACGACGAUGGAGCCCGAAAGCGCGGACAACGAAAUCGGCCCCCUCGUCGAAAGUCCCUUACCAAUGGCAUCAAGGAUCGCAGCUUUCCACCGAUGUCGAUUGUAUCUGGUAAUUCGACCACGAUACCUCCAGCGAUGGCAUCCGGCGGGGACCCAAGUGAGGGAACUACCGCUACGACAGCGUUGGUGGAGAAAACAAACCACGCUUUGGAAAAAAGACGAGCCACCUCUGCUACUCUGCAGCACGGAGAUGCUUUCAGGGCGAGAUCGAACUACAACGACAGCAACGUCGAGCUUUCUCUCUCGCUCGAUCCGUUUUCUCUUGCGUCUCUGGUUCGAAACUUGGUGGCGAGCAGUGUGGGCGCGGGCUCGGUUUAUGUCGGAACGCUCAAGCUAUUGGGGCCCAUGAUACUUGCCAAGCAAUGCCUGGCGUCGGUGGGAUAUGCCUUCUACGAUUAUUACAGCGGGCGAUACCUGCCCCAAAAACAGCAGAAACGGGUGCGCUGCGUGCAGGAAUACGAACUUAUUGCCGCGGGAAGGGCAGCAUUGCGAAGCCUUUUGCAAUUCCUUUGCAUGGGCCUCGUUGGUCAGGUUGUAAGGCUCGUGCUCGACCCCCACCACCGGAGUUGUACUCUAGGUCCGCCAUGGCCUUGCCAUUUAUGGUAUGGAGUGGUGUGGCUGGCCUCGGUUUGCGCGGCUGGAUGCGCGUGCGAAGAGUGGGGGUUCGAUUUUCUCGCGAAGAAGACCGGCAAUAGAUUCGCUCCCUCGUCUCUAUCGGUCCUUUCAACUGCGACCGAUGCCGGUCCGAGGGCUGACUUCUUCUUUUCAUCCAAACAUCACGUCCGCGAAGACUGCUUGCGGGGGCGACGGAAGCGAAACGUGGUCGGGCCACAACGGCGGUUCGUAAAAGGACCGAGCCGAGAUCCAGAAAACUGGCUGAAGAGCAUCAUGUGCAUUCUCCCGGACAGAGAGGAUCCAAUUCGUCCCCGGCAAAGUGGUACCAACAGCGGUAUUUGCAGAAAAGUUUCUGGUGAUGUCGAUGUUCUCUUGUUCCCGUCUGUGUGGAAACCCUUGAAGUUUGUGAUGUUUCUAGCUUUUACCAAGGCUAUCUACGAAAGUUUUUCGGAUUCGCCGCUCAGAGCGUCUGAAUCUGGAAAACUCGAUCUCGUACUGCGAACUUUUGUCCUUCAACAAACGUUGCACAGCGAAUGGCACCGGCUGUUUGUGCAAGAACGGAUGCUCUCAUUGGGGGCUUGUGUGAGCGUGAUCGGGCUGGUGGCUCUGAUAUGGUCACUCUACGCGGUAUCAAUCGUCGAUCGCACCGCCGCUCUCUUGCUGACCCCAUUCGCUGCAGCUCGGUUGAUCACAAGCUACGUAAACUUUUUGGUCUCUUUCGAUCGAUCGACUUUUAUCGACAAUGGCGUUGCUUUCUCCUGACGGUAUUCGCACGGUCUGACUUGGCAUUUUGUGGGGUUACACAGCAUUGUGUGAGGGCCAGUAGUUGCGGGAACUUUCCUUUUUUGUCUCGGUACACAUGAUGCUGCUACUGUUGUCAUAUUUAGUAAAAGAGAGACUAAUAUUUACAGUGCUAGAAUAACGUCUUCUACAACAGUUCAUGCAAACUAUUUUGGCAAAAUAUUUUCCGUCGGCACGAGAAGUAGCCGAUUGAUACAAAUGCACUAUUUGUUUUGCUGGCGGAUCUACAAAUGCCACUGGAAUAUCGAAUGGUUUUGAUCAUUGUGUGGUAAGGUAGCAUAUCAUUGAAUUUCGCCGUGCAGCCCUUCGAUAAAACAGGAUAAUCUGU